CCUCGCGAGCCGCUGCCUACUGCACCGCGGCCCCGCAGCAGCGGCAGCCGGCGCCGCCGCCCGACAUGAAGAGUUACCUGUGGUCGCGCUACCGGGAGGCCAAGAGGGCGAGCAAGGAGUUAGUUCCUUCAGUUAUGAAUAACAUGCUGAAUCCUGAUGCAAUUUUUUCAAACAAUGAAAUGAGCCUGUCAGACAUUGAAAUCUAUGGGUUUGAUUAUGACUACACCUUAGUCUUUUAUUCUAAGCAUCUGCACACACUGAUCUUCAAUGCCGCACGAGAUCUUCUUGUUAAUGAGCACCGGUAUCCUGCAGAAAUAAGAAAAUAUGAUUAUGAUCCCAAUUUUGCAAUAAGAGGACUUCAUUAUGAUGUGCACCGGGCAUUAUUAAUGAAGAUCGAUGCUUUUCAUUAUAUUCAACUGGGAACAGUUUACAGAGGCCUCAGUGUUGUCCCAGAUGAAGAAGUCAUUGCGAUGUAUGAUGGUUCCCACGUCCCUUUGGAACAAAUGAGUGACUUUUAUGGAAAGAGCUCACAAGGAAACACAAUGAAGCAAUUCAUGGAUAUAUUCUCCUUGCCAGAGAUGACACUCCUUUCCUGUGUAAAUGAGCACUUUCUGAAAAACAACAUAGACUAUGAGCCUGUUCAUCUGUACAAAGAUGUCAAGGAUUCAAUCCGGGAUGUCCACAUCAAAGGAAUAAUGUACAGAGCAAUUGAAGCAGACAUUGAGAAGUACAUCUGCUAUGCUGAACAAACUCGGGCAGUGUUAGCAAAGCUGGCUGAUCAUGGCAAGAAGAUGUUUCUCAUUACAAACAGUCCCAGCAGCUUUGUGGACAAAGGCAUGAAGUUCAUAGUAGGCAAAGACUGGAGGGAUCUCUUUGAUGUUGUCAUUGUACAAGCUGAUAAACCAAACUUUUUCAAUGAUAAGCGAAGACCUUUUCGGAAGGUGAAUGAAAGGGGAGUUUUGCUUUGGGACAAAAUUCACAAACUGCAGAAAGGCCAGAUUUACAAACAGGGUAACUUGUAUGAAUUUCUGAAGCUUACUGGCUGGAGGGGUUCUAAGGUUCUGUACUUCGGUGAUCAUAUUUACAGUGACUUGGCAGAUUUGACCCUGAAGCAUGGCUGGCGCACUGGUGCAAUUAUUCCAGAGUUACGAUCAGAGAUUAAAAUCAUGAACACAGAGAGGUACAUUCAAACCAUGACCUGGCUACAAACCCUGACUGGAUUACUGGAACACAUGCAGAUUCACCGUGAUCCUGAUUCACAAGUGAUUUUAGAAGAAUGGAAGAAGGAAAGAAAGGAUAUGAGGGAAAUGAACAGGAGUUUCUUCAACGCACAGUUUGGAAGCUUAUUCAGAACUGAUGAGAAUCCAACUUACUUCCUAAGACGUCUGUCUAGAUUUGCUGAUAUCUACAUGGCAUCACUGAGUUGUCUCUUGAACUAUGAGCUUGAUUACACAUUCUAUCCGAGAAGGACUCCUUUGCAGCAUGAACUUCCUGCCUGGUCUGACCAGCUGUGCACUGGUACAUUCAGAAUUCCCUUCCUACAAGAGACAGUUCAGAUCAAAUGAGCACUUGGCUUAUUCUCUCUAAAAUGGGCAAAUAUAUGUAAUAUUUUUUCUGAAUGUAGCUGUAUUUUCUUUAAGUCACUUAAAUCUAUUAUCUUGAUGUAACUCAUACUUGCUGUCAUAAGCAUAGUACCUGAUUUCACCUCUCUUGCUCAGAAAUGGUGAGAGCUCUUCUUAAAAGCAGAAGAGAUGACAGAUUGCUAAAAUAGUAGUGGGCUGCAAGGGAAGGCUGGUGAUGCUUUAAGGUUGUUGUUUUUACUUGUUCAUUGGGAACUUCUAUUUGCAGCCUUGUGACUUACAAAAAAUACAGGUGUUCUCCCUUCUGGCCCCGAUCAGGAAGGAGCCUUGGCUGGAGCCUGUAAUGGAGCUUGGUGCUAAAAAGCUCGAAUCCGGUAUUAAAGAGAUGUGCAGUUGCUGGCCAGUUUUGGUGAGGUUGGCAGGGAUGGCGUAAGCGUUUGACUAGAGCGUUAAGCUCUAGCUGGUAUAGCUAGAGCGUUACCAGAACCUGAACUAGCUAGAAUAAUGUUUGUGUGGAUCUCGGCUGCGUUGCAGUGAUUACAGUAGAGACGCGCUCAGCCCGAUGGGCUGCUCUUCUUGUCUAUGUUUUCUGUUCUUGUAAUGUCUCUGCUUGGCUGUAGAUGGACCAGAGCUUGAAUCUGAAAGUGUGGCUAGAAACUUGGGGUGCUUCAGCUUCUUUGUGUUGACUUUUAGACACCUUUCUUUUUAAUUUCCAAAACCUUUUAAAAUACCUACACCCUGAUAAUGAAGCCAUUUCAAGAGGAAAUGCACACUGUGCAUUUCAAAGCUGAGGCAGAACUCUUGUCAGGCCUUAGAUGGACAAGUAUUCUAAAUGCUGCUUUUAAUUUUUCUUAAAUAGUGUCUUACAAAAAUGGUAUGCAAUGGUUUUGCUGUUCCCGUGGAUAGAACAUAUUUUCAUAUAGCCUUCAGUAAUUUUUUUACAUUUAAAAGUAAACACGCACAAUGGACAAAUGACUUAGAAAAAACUAUCAUGAGAAGAUGAAAAAUGGGAUUUUCUGAUUACUUUUUUUUUCUUGCUCAAACCCUCAAAGCUGAAUUGGGGUGGUAGAUGUUUUGCAUCAAGCAAAAUAAUUUUGACUGCAGAUUAGAGGUUUUACUGAAUUACUAUAAUUAUAGGGAGUGCAUGAACACACAUGUUGUGCAGCCCGAUAAGUUCCAAAGAUUUGCGCUGAUAAUUGUCUAUUUUGCACAAGGAAAACACUUGCUGAUGUGUUUUCUCAAACAGGCACUUUAUGGAACUGCUGUAUAAUUACUUUUAAACAAAGACGCUUUCCUUUCUCUGUGUCCAAAGGAAACAGUGUUUUUCUUUGUAAACUGGUGCUUUCCACCUCAGCCAUUUUAGAAUACACAAUUUGAUUAACGGUUUUCAAGUUCUAGUUAUUAAAAGCUCUAUUUUAAAAAGCUUAUAAUUAACAAAAAAUACAGCACAUGCUAUUCUUCAUUUCCUUUUAGGGCAUAACUUGCUUCCUGUAGUGACUGUCAGGUAAACAAACUUUUGGUGACCAAAAGUUUUCUUCUUGUUUAGGUCUUUUAACCUGUCUGUAUUUGUGUGCAAGUAUCUCUAUUAAAUUUCAUAUGCAAUAUCUUUCAUAUUUUUAAAUGCAUAUUUGCAAGGUGAAGAAUGUAUUUUAAUCCAGCCUGCACAAUUUCAUAAACAGUUUUCCUGUAUGCUUGAAAUCAGUGUGAAAUCCUCCAAGGUGAUUGUAGUUUUGUUUUUGUAGUUUUUUGGUGCAAUCCUAGUUCAAACCUGACAACGCAACACUCAAAGUGCAUGUGUGUAUUUAAACAGGUGAACAUAGUUGAAAUUAGUAAGUUCAUCUGACAGCCCUGCUGCUUUGUUGGCGCUGGGGAGGUAAAAUUUGCAUGAACUUUGUCUGGCUUUAUUGGGGGAAUCGUCGGUGGGACUGUGCAAGAAGUAGUUAGCGUAACUUGAUAAUGCCUGGCUGUUUUGUAAGCUGAAAUUUGGGGAUGCAAAUAUCCCUGAUUUGCCUUUGGUUCUUUAUCCAAAUGCUCAGCUAGGACAGAACUUGGUGUUACUGUGGGUAGCACCUUUCAUGCUCCAGAGAUCUCAAUGCACUGUUCAAAAACAAAGUAAAAAAAAAAAAAAAAAAAAAAAAAAGAACCCCUGUACAUUCUUCAUCUUACUACCAGCAAUUAGUAGUGGUGUGUUACACAGUGGUGCUUUAUGAAAUUUGAUGAUGUUUUGCUGAUUAAGGGUCUUUGAUGUUUGUUCUCUUAAAUCUGGCUAGGAGUCGAUUUGUUUGCCUGCUUUGCCUGUGUUAAGCAGGAUCAGGUUAAUUGGAUUGGAUGAUACUAUCCAUGUGCUAUAUAUACGUUUUGUUUCAAGGUGGUUUUUCUUCUCUCUUCUCUCCUCUCCUCUAUCUUAACUUAUAAACAGUCAGAAUUUAUGGUUGAUCACUGUACAAAGCUGUGUGACAACAGCUAGCUGAAGUAAAAUCUUGCUUAUAUUGCAUGGCUUCCUGAAAUAAACAACACUGCAUGAAAAA